AUGAACUCCAGCAUAUGGUUGGCGUUUGAUGUGAAGGAAGAGAAAUACGUCGCAAUCAAAGCGCUGAAAGGAUACUCGACCGAACUGGCUGGAAGAUUAACGUGGGAGCUCGAUACUUGGGCUUGCGUGACUCACAUGCUCCCUCCCUCUGGCAUCGAGCCAGGCCACUGGCCUUGA